CGACGUUUCCAUCUGGAAGGGGGGAGGCGGCACCCGAAUUGGUGGCUAGCAGCAGCUAAAGGGAGCUGGGUAGUGGAAAGGAGGACGUUGGCCAGCCAUGCAAUAAAUACUAUAACAUCACACUGCGCUGGUAUUUUGUUGAAAUAAAUCAAUUGCGCUGACAAAACAUUUUGUAAACUAGCGACAGUGCAUGAAUACUGGACGCUCUCACAGCAGAACCUCGGCAUGACGGACAGCAUCAUGAGCAAGGCGGCCACCAUGGAGAUCCCCAUCAACAGCAACGGGGACACGGGGCCCCUCCCCGAGGACGACAGCCUGGAGCAGGGGGGGAACUGGUUUGAUGGAACAUGUUUGGAAGACAGAAGACUGGCUGCACAGAUACAGUGGAGCUUAGAUGAGAAGGACCUCCAGCAGGUGAUGGUGUCCGGACCGAACCUCAAUGAGACCAGCAUCGUUUCCGGGGGUUACGGAGGCACGGCCGAGGGCAUUAUUCCCACCAGCUCCAUCAAAGACCUGCGCAUGACGUCCAGGGGGUUUAGCCUCCCUCCCAGCCAGUCCGCAGCCAGUCGGAUAACCGGCCAAUCAAAGGACACCAGAGAGAGUGCACACAGACCCACAUCUCCCCUCUCCCCCUCUCACCCAGGGGCUAACAUGCAUCACAGCAGCAGCAGCCAAUCGCUGACGGCGGAGGAGGUCUCCCGUGGCGUUGCCGUGGAGAAGUUCGACAUCAUGAAGAAGUGGAGCAUCAACACCUACAAGUGCACGAAGCAGAUGAUCUCGGAGCGUUUUGGGCGGGGCUCACGGACGGUGGACCUGGAGCUGGAGGCGCAGAUCGAGGUGCUGCGGGACACCAAGUUGAAGUACGAGAACAUCCUGCGGCUGGCCCGGGCGCUCACCAACCACUUCUACAACAUGGUGCAGACCCAGCAUGCACUGGGGGACACCUUCGCCGACCUCAGCCAGAAGUCGCCAGAGCUGCAGGACGAGUUUGGGUACAACGCAGAGACGCAGAAGCUUUUGUGUAAGAACGGGGAGACCCUGCUGGGCGCCAUCAACUUCUUUGUGUCCGGUAUCAACACGCUGGUCAACAAGACCAUGGAGGACACGCUGAUGACCAUCAAGAUGUACGAGAACGCAAGGCUGGAGUUCGACGCGUACCGCGCGGACCUGGAGGAGCUGAACAUGGGCCCGCGGGACGCCGCCACGCUGGCGCGCAUCGACACGGCGCAGCAGCAGUACCAGAUCCACAAGGACAAGUACGAGAGGCUGCGCAGCGACGUCACCAUCAAGCUCAAGUUCCUGGACGAGAACAAGGUGAAGGUGAUGCACAAGCAGCUCCUGCUCUUCCACAACGCCAUCUCGGCCUACUUCGCCGGCAACCAGCAGCAGCUGGAGCAGACGCUCAAGCAGUUCAACGUCCAGCUGAGGCCGCCGGGCUCGGACAAGCCGUCCUGGCUGGAGGAGCAGUGAUGGGGGGUGG